GGCACCGCUGUUUCAAGAUGACGGCCCUAUUUAACCUGCAAUCACUGGUCUUGGUGAUUCUCUUGUUGAUCUGCACGAGUACCUAUGCCCAUUCGAUUAUGCCGGGGAUCAUGGAUCGCAACCAGAGCGGGCUAUUCGGUAUCUUCUGGAAAUGCGCACGCAUAGGGGAACGACUCAGCCCCUAUGUCAGCAUAUGCUGUUUCAUGAUGGCAGUCUCGAUCUUUGUCGGUGGUUAG